GCCCAGAAUUACAUGGGAGAAACAUGAAGUAGCUGAGCUUUUCCUUAGAAGCAGACUUGGAGCCGAUUAGCAGAUGUGGUACACAUCAGCUUCUGGAGAAACUGGAAAGAAAAGAAACACAUCUAGAUAUAAAGCUUUCAAGAUAAGGCCUUUAUGAUGUUCACGGAUUUGGGAUGAGAGGAUGACAUCAAGGACAAUGAGGUUGACAAGUUGUCCCUGCACAACAGCUAAUUGUGACCAAACUGAGAAAACAAAGACUUGCUGGGUUCUCAUGAUUUGGGUGAAGGCAUUGAAGUACAUUAAAUAAGAAAACUUCAUAUAUAACUAGACCCAAGUCAAUGGAAAAUGUCAACCAAACCAGCAGUGUCUCUGAGUUCAUCCUCCUGGGACUCUCCUCCCGGCCUGAGGACCAGAAGCCACUCUUUAUCCUCUUCCUCACCAUAUACCUGGUCACCAUAACAGGGAACCUACUCAUCAUCCUGGCCAUCUACUCUGACCCCCAGCUUCAGACUCCCAUGUAUUUCUUCUUGAGUUGCCUGUCUUUCACUGACAUUUGCUUUACAACAACCAUAGUCCCCAGGAUGCUAGUGGACUUCCUGUCAAAGAAGACCAUCUCCUAUGCUGGGUGUCUGACACAGAUGUAUUUUAUUUAUGCUUUGGGCAACUCUGACAGCUUCCUUCUGGCAGUCAUGGCCUUUGACCGCUAUGUGGCUAUCUGUGACCCCUUCCACUAUGUCACCACCGUGAGCCACCGCCGUUGUGUCCUGCUGGUGGCCUUCUCCUGCUCAUUUCCUCACUUCCACUCAUUCCUACACACACUUUUGCUGAAUCAUCUCAUCUUCUGUGACUCCAAUGUUAUCCAUCACUUUCUCUGUGACAUUGGCCCUCUGCUGAAAUUGUCUUGUUCCUCCACAUUUGUCAAUGAAAUUGUGAUAAUGAUAGAAGGAUCUGUUGUUUUGGUGACUCCCUUUCUAUUCAUUGCUUUCUCUUAUGUACUAAUCCUCAUUGCGGUUCUCAAAAUUCCCUCAGCUGCUGGGAAACGUAAAGCCUUCUCCACCUGUGGUUCUCACCUCACUGUGGUAACACUGUUUUAUGGAAGCAUCUUCUAUGUCUAUUUACAGCCCCUGUCCACCUACGCUGUCAGGGACCACAUAGCAACAAUUGUCUACACAGUUUUGUCCUCCAUGCUAAACCCUUUUAUCUACAGCCUGAGAAACAAAGACCUGAAACGGGGCCUGAGGAAGCUGAUGGGAAAGAAGUAA